UACCACCGACUCCUAGAGGCCAAGAUGACAGGGUUUGGCUCUCCCUGUGGAGCUUGCAAGUUCCUAAGGAGGAAGUGUGUCAGGGGAUGUGUCUUCGCCCCGUACUUCUGCCAUGAGCAAGGGGCCGCACACUUCGCAGCCAUCCAUAAGGUCUUUGGGGCCAGCAAUGUCUCCAAGCUCCUCACGCACCUCCCUGUAAACGACCGCUCCGAGGCCGCCAUUUCUAUGUCUUACGAGGCCCAAGCAAGGCUCCAAGAUCCCAUCUAUGGCUGCGUUGCCCACAUCUUUGCCCUCCAACAACAAGUUGUCAAUCUUCAAGCACAGCUCGCCUCUCUCAAGGCCCAAGCAGCCCAAGAAGGCCUUGGCAAUGGCUCUCGUGCCACUCUCACCCCUCAAGAAGACAAGCUCUGUAAAAAAUUUCCACCUUUUCAACAAGAUGGGCAGGUUUUCUUUCAAACUGGGGAUGGAAGGAUGCUGCCACCUUUUCAUCCAAAUACCGAGAGCAUGAACUACUACAACAAUGAACUUUUAGGAGCCAAUUGCAUUCAAUCCUCUCAGCUGUACAACCCCCGUUCUGGCUCGAACGACGAGGACGCGUCCUUUUGCACUGAGGACGACCCUUCAUGUGCCAUGGCCACUCUUGACAUGCAACCAAACACCUGGACUUCAGCAUAUCAUGACAUGGAGGACCUUCAAUCAGUGACCUUUGCUUAUCUUCAUGGCUUAUGAGAAUGUGCAUCAGUGAAAUCCUCAUUAAAUUUUGAUAUCUAGUAUAUUUAGACAUGAAAGCAGUCAGACUACGAGCAAACGUACGAUUGACAACGUACUAAUAUAAGGAGAAAUAUUCCUGUGAUCCUUCACGGCGUUUCAUAGGACUUGGCAGUGUACUAGUGCUAAACAUCAAUAAGAAGUUAAAAAGUCUUCUAGCCCCUUUA